UCUCUCCAUGGCAACGAGAUCUCCGAGCUUCCUGACGGCAUUUUCAGUGAUGUGGCCUCUCUGUCUCACCUGUGAGUACACACACGCACACUCCGCUCACGCACGCAUGGACACACACACAAACACACACACAGGAGCAUGCUCAAUAAACACAAACAGAUACACAUGGGUACCAGUAAUACCAAUCCACACAUGAAUACACCUUUCACACACGCAAAGAAGUAAACACAAACAAAUAAACAUCUUGUCUAGAGAGAAAGAGAAGGUACUGGGGGAUGAGGUAAAGAGAAAUAUUUAGAGAAGUUACUGGGGGAUGAGGUAAAGAGAAAGAGAAGUUAGUGGAGGAUGAGGUAAAGAGAAAGAUCUAGAGAAGUUACUGGGGGAUGAGGUAAAGAGAAAGAUUUAGAGAAGUUAGUGGGGGAUGAGGUAAAGAGAAAGAGAAGUUAGUGGAGGAUGAGGUAAAGAGAAAGAUCUAGAGAAGUUACUGGGGGAUGAGGUAAAGAGUAAGAGAAUGUACUGGGGGAUGAGGUAAAGAGAAAGAUCUAGAGAAGUUACUGGGGGAUGAGGUAGAGAGAAAGAGAAGUUAGUGGAGGAUGAGGUAAAGAGAAAGAUCUAGAGAAUUUAGUGGGGGAUGAGGUAAAGAGUAAGAGAAGGUACUGGGGGGAUGAGGUAAGAGAAAGAUCUAGAGAAUUUAGUGGGGGUUGCUUGUCUUCGGAAUACAUUGAUCCACAGUCGUGGCUUUCAUGUUAGCAGAUGUCAGAUGUCAGCUAUUGGACUGAACUGAAACAUGAGCCUGUUAUUCGAAGUAAUGGAACAGCUUCAAUCAAGCAGUGUGUGUGUGUGUGUGUGUGUGUGUUUGUGUGUGUGUGACUGUUUGACUGUGCAUAACUGUGCCUACAUCGAUUCAUGCAGGCACAAUGUAAAAUUAUGAUUGAGGGCAGUGUUUCUCAACCCCCAGUCUGUCAAAUAAGUUAUCCAAAAGUCAUUUUAUUAGAGAUAGUUUUCAUCAAACAAACUUUUCAAGGAGGUAAAAUUGCUGGUCCUUUUUUAGAAAGGAGAGACUAAGGGGAAUUUUCUGUCCAGCAUCCCAUUGACAGCCCGAAUAGCCAAAAUCUAUAACUGACCCGUCCUUAACACUAACCUUAACCAAACCCCUAACCUUAACCCCUUACCCUACCCUUAACCUAAUUAUAAAUAUUGGUUCCCUUUCUAGAAGUACUGUACUGUAACAGUUGAGUGUAGCUCUGUGUUAUCUGAAGGAUGAGAGAGACACCUGCUGGUCAAAUAGAGAAGUACAUCUAGUGAACCUCUGCCCUCAUGAAUCUGAAAAUGCAUCCUUCUUUCUGCCAUGAUUAAUUGGUUGAUGGAUUGAUUCCUCAAGAUGAUUGGUGCCAACCCUCUGACUGACCUUUACCUGUCCCCAGUGGUGUAAAGUACUUAAGUAAAAAUACUUUAAAGUACUACCUAAGUAGUUUUUGGAGGUAUCUGUACUUUACUAUUUAUAUUUUUUACUACUUUUACUUUUACUCCACUACAUUCUUAAACAAGAGAACAUCCCUGGUCAUUCCUACUGCCUCUGAUCUGGCUGACUCACUAAACAAACAUGCUUCGUUUGUAAAUGAUGUCUGAGUGUUGGCAUGUGCCCCUGGCUAUCCAAUAAAAAAAUAUAUUUAAAAAUUGUGCCGUCUGGCUUGCUUAAUAUAAGGAAUUGGAAAUUUACAUUUAACAUUUACAUUUUAGUCAUUUUAUUUUUUCAAUGAUUUACACUUUUACUUUAACUUUAGAUACUUAAGUAUAUUUUAGCAAUUACAUUUACUUUUGAUACUCAAGUAUAUUUACACUGAACAAAAAUAUAAACACAACAUGUAAAGUGCUGGUCCCAUCCUUCAUGAGCUUAAAUAAAAGAUCCCAGAAAUGUUCCAUACGCACAAAAAGCUUAUUUCUCUCAAAUGUUGUGCACACAUUUUUUACAUCCCUGUUAGUGAGCAUUUUAUCCUUUGUCAAGAUAAUCCAUCCACCUGACAGGUGUGGCAUAUCAAGAAUAUGAUUAAACAGCAUGAUCAUUACACAGGUGCACCUUGUGCUGGGGACAAUAAAAGGUCACAUGCAAUUGGCAUGCUGACUGCAGGAAUGUCCACCAGAGCUGUUGCCAGAUAAUUGAAUGUUCAUUUCUCUACCAUAAGCCACCUCCAAUGUCGUUUUAGAGAAUUUGGCAGUACAUCCAACCGGCCUCACAACCGCAGACCACCUGUAACCACACCAGCCCAGGACCUCCACAUCUGGCUUCUUCACCUGCGGGGGGGAAAGGGGUGGGAGGGGGGGGGGGGUAUUUCUGUCUGUAAUAAAGCCCUUUUGUGGGGAAAAACUCAUUCUGAUUGGCAGGGCCUGGCUCCCCAGUGGGUGGGCCUGACUCCCAAGUGGGUGGGCCUAUGCCCUCCCAGGCCCACCCAUGGCUGCGCCCCUGCCCAGUCAUGUAAAAUCCAUAGAUUAGGGCCUAAUGAAUUCAUUUCAAUUGACUGAUUUCCUUAUAUGAACUGUAACUCAGCAAAAUCGUAGAAAUUGUUGCCUGUUGCGUUUAUAUUUUUGUUCAGUAUAAAACCAAAUACGUUUACUCAAGUAGUAUUUUUCCUAGGUGACUUUCACUUUUACUUGAGUCAUUUUCUAUUAAGGUAUCUUUACUUUUACUCAAGUAUGACAAUUGGGUACUUUUUCCACCACUGCCUGUCCCUGACCCUUAACCUCUGACCCUUCACCCUCAGGGCUAUUGGUGCCAACCCCCUGUACUGUGACUGCCGUCUGCUCUGGCUGUCUGACUGGGUGAAGACGGGCUACAAGGAGCCUGGCAUCGCCCGCUGUGCCGGACCUACGGGCAUGGAGGGAAAGCUGCUGCUCACCACCCCUGCCAAGAAGUUUGAGUGCCACGGUGAGAUGGGUUAAUUCAUUUAGUUUAAUUUCGUUUAAUAAGGAACCAGGGAUUCCCCUUAACUAUUCAUGUCCCAUGGUAAUUAUUGUGUAGAUCCAGCUAUACAGUAUACUGUAUACAGUGCCUUCAGAUAGUAUUAAUACACCUUGACUUAUUCCACAUUUUGUUGUGUUACAGCCUGAAUUCAAAAUGGAAUAAAAUAAAAAAAAUCUCACCCAUCUACACACAAUACCCCAUAAUGACAAAGUGAAAACAUGUUUUUAGAAUUUUCAGCAAAUGUAUUUAAAAUGAAAUACAGACAUACUGCAUCUCAUUUACAUAAACAUUCACACCCCUGCGUCAAUACUUUGUAGAAGCACCUUUGGCAGCGAUUACAGCUUUAAGUCGUCUUGGCUAUAUGUCUGUAUCGGCUUUGCACAUCUGGAUUUGGGGAUUUUCUCCAUUCUUCCUUGCAGAUUUUCUCAAGCUCUGUUAAGUUAGAUGGGGACCAGGUGGGAACAGCAAUCUUCAAGUCUUUCCAUAGAUCAUAGGGCCACUCAAGGACUUUGACAUUCUUGUUCUGAAGCCCUUCCAGUGUUGCUUUGGUUGUAUACUUGGGGUCAUUGUCCUGUCAGACCGUAAAUCUUUGCACCAGUCUACAAUCGUUUGCACUCUGAAGCAGGUUCUCAUCCAGGAUUUGCCUGUAUUUGGCUACAUUCAUUGUUACCUCUAUCCUUGCCACACUCCCAGACCCUGCCGGUGAAAAGCAUCCAAUAGCAUGAUGCUGCCACCAUCAUGCUUCACGGUAGAUAUGGUGUUAGAUGGGUGAUGAACUGUGCCUGGUUUUUACAUUUCCCAAUGAUGGAGACCACUGUGCUCUUGGAAACUUUCAACACCCUAGAAAUUGUUUUAUACCCUUCCCCAGAUACAGUACCAGUCAAAUGUUUGGACACAUCUACUCAUUCAAGGGUUUUUCUUUAUUUUUACUAUUUUCUACAUUGUACAAUAAUAGUGAAGACAUCAAAACUAUGAAAUAAUACAUAUGGAAUCAUGUAGUAACCAAAAACGUGUUAAACAAAUCAAAAUAUAUUUUAGAAUCUCCAAAGUAGCCACCCAUUGCCUUGAUGACAGCUUUGCACUCUCUUGGCAUUCUCUCAACCAGCUUCAUGAGGAAUGCUUUUCCAACAGUUCCCACAUAUGCUGAGCACUUGUUGGCUGCUUUUCCUUCACUCUGCGGUCCAACUCAUCACAAACCAUCUCAAUUGGGUUGAGGUCGAGUGAUUGUGGAGGCCAGAUCAUCUGAUGCAGCACUCCAUCACUAUCCUUCUUGGUCAAAUAGCCCUUACACAGCCUGGAGGCGUGUUUUGGGACAUUGUCCUGUUGAAAAACAAAUGAUAGUCCCAAUAAGCCCAAACCAGAUGGGAUGGCGAAUAGCUGCAGAAUGCUGUGGUAGCCAUGCUGGUUAAGUGUGCCUUGAAUUCUAAAUAAAUCACUAACAGUGUCACCAGCAAAGCACCCCCACACCAUCACACCUCCUCCUCCAUGCUUCACGGUGGGAACCACACAUGCGGAGAUAAUCCGUUCACCUACUCUGCGUCUCACAAAGACAUGGCGGUUGGAACCAAAAAUCUCAAAUUUGGACUCAUCAGACCAAAGGACUGAUUUCCACCGGUCUAACAUCCAUUGCUUGUGUUUCUUGACCCAAGCAAGUCUCUUCUUCUUAUUGGUGUCCUUUAGUAGUGGUUUCUUUUCAGCAACUCAACCAUGAAGGCCUGAUUCACGCAGUCUCCUCUGAACAGUUGAUGUUGAGAUGUGUCUGUUACUUGAACUCUGUGAAGCAUUUAUUUGGGUUGCCAUCUGAAGUGCAGUUAACUCUAAUUAACUUAUCCUCUGCAGCAGAGGUAACUCCUUUCCUGUGGUGGUUCUCAUGAGAGCCAGUUUCAUCAUAGCGCUUAAAGGUUUUUGCGACUGCACUUGAAGAAACUUUCAAAGUUCUUGAAAUUUUCCGGAUUGACUGACCUUCAUGUCUUAAAGUAAUGAUGGACUGUCGUUUCUCUUUCCUUAUUUGAGCUGUUCUUGCCAUAAUAUGGACUUGGUCUUUUAUCAACUAGGGCUAUCUUCUGUAUAUCCCCCUACCUUGUCAUAACACAACUGACUGGCUCAAAUGCAUUAAGAAGGAAAGAAAUUCCACAAAUUAACUUUUAACAAGGCACACCUGUUCAUUGAAAUCCAUUCCAGGUGACUAUCUCAUGAAGCUGGUUGAGAGAAUGCCAAGAGUGUGCAAAGCUGUCAUCAAGGCAAAGGGUGGCUACUUAGAAGAAUGUCAAAUAUAAAAUAGAUUUUGAUUUGUUUAACACUUUUUUGGUUACUACAUGAUUUCAUAUGUGUUAUUUUAUAGUUUUGAUAUCUUCAUUAUUAUUCUACAAUGUAGAAAAUAGUAAAAAUAAAGAAAAACCCUGGAAUUAGUAGGUGUGUCCAAACUUUUGACUGGUACUGUAUAUGCCUCAUCACAAUUCUAUCUCGGAGAGUGUCAUAGCAAAGGGGUGUGAAUAGUUAUGUAAAUGAGAUUUUUCUGUAUUUCUUUUUCAAUACAUUUGCUAAGAUUUCUAAGAACAUGUUUUCACUUUGUCAUUAUGUGGUAUUGUGUGUAGAUGUGUGAGAAUUUUAUAAAAUGUAAUCCAUUUUGAAUUCACGCUGUAACACAACAAAAUGUGGAAUAAGUCGAGGGGUAUUAAUACUUUCUGAAGGCACUGUAUAUGUAAAGUGUGUUGUACCGCAGGGCAGCUCUCUUGGCCCUCUACUCUUUUCUAUUUUGACCAAUGACCUGCCACUGGCAUUAAACAAAGCCUGUGUAUCUAUGUAUGCUGAUGAUUCAACCCUAUAUGUGUCAGCAACCACAGCUAGUGAAAUUCACUGCAACCCUAAACAGAGAGUUGCAGUCAGUUUUAGAAUGGGUGGCUAGUGAUAAAAUGAACAUAGCCCUGAACAUCUCUGAAACUAAGAAUUGUAUUUGGUACAAAUCAUUCCCUAAGUUCUAGACUUCAGCUGAAUCUGAUAAUGAAUAAUAUGGCAGUUGAGCAAGUUGAGGAGACCAAAUUACUUGGUGUUACCUUGGAUUAUAAACAGUCAUGGUCAAAACAUAUUGAUUCAAUGGUUGUGAAGAUGGGGAUAGGUCUGUCCGUGAUAAAGAGAUGCUCUGCUUUUUUGACACCACACAAUCAAGUCCUGCAGGCUCUAGUUUUAUCUUAUCUUGAUUAUUGUCCAGUCAUAUGGUCAGGUGCUACAAAGAAGGACCUAGAAAAACUGCAGCUGGCCCAGAACAGAGCUGCACGUCUUGCUCUUCACUGUAAUCAGAGGGCUAACAUCAAUACUAUGCAGGCCAGUCUCUCUUGACUAAAAGUAGAGGAGAGACUGACUGCAUCACUUCUUGUUUUUAUAAGAAACAUUAAUGUGUUGAAAAUUCCAAAUAGUUUGCAUAGUCAACUUAUACACAGCACUGACAUACACCCCACCAGACAUGCCACCAGGGGUCUUUGCACAGUCCCCAAAUCCAGAAUAAAUUCAAGAAUAUGUACAGUAUUAUAUAGAGCCAUGAUUGCAUGGAACUCCCUACACAAACAAGUGAACAGCAAACCUUUAAAAAAAAGAUAAAGCAACACCGCACGGCAACGCCUCUCCCCUAUUUGACCUAGAUAUCGUUUGGCUGUACUGAUAUGUAGGCUAUGUGUGACAUUUUACAUUUAUGUAGUUCUGUCCUUGAGCUGUUCUUGUCUAUUAAUGUUCUGUAUUAAGUCAUGUUUCAUGUUUUGUGUGGACCCCAGGAAGAGUAGCUGCUGCUAUCACAAAAGCUAAUGGUGAUCCUAAUAAAAUACCAAAUACCAAUUGAACAGGAAAGAUAAUCAUAAUCUAAAACGAUAAAAUGUGUGUGUAUAGGUGAGGUGGACAGUGGCGUCCUGGCCAAGUGUAACCCAUGCCUGUCCAGCCCGUGUGUCAACCAGGGGAUCUGUCACAGUGAUCUGGCAGAGAUCUACAGGUGUAGCUGUCCUCCUGGAUUCAAGGUGAGAUCUCACAUUAACCAUUUACCUGCAGUGUUCUUCUCGCCAUGUUGUGCAGGCUUUUGUUCAAGUCCAGCUCUAACACAUACUUAGGCUAACGUAGGGCUCGAUUCAAUCCAUAUCUGCGAAGUGAUUGAAAUUUAAAGGCAAUGUUCCCGCGUUAGUGGAGAAUGCAUUCACGGUAAACGCUGCAUAUGUUGGCUCAAUCUGAAAUUACCUUUAGAUUUCAAGCGCACUAUAGCGCUGAACUUCGGCGAUAUAGAUUGAAUUGAGUCCUUACUUGUAUUUGUGGCUGUUGACGCAUAAGGUCGUGACCUCUCCACUUCUGACAUUAUAAAGCCUGUUGUUCAGCUUAUGCAUGCUUUUGUUCCAGCCCAGCUUUUUUUAUUUCUGUUUUUAAUUUUUAUUUAUUUCCUGAUUCCAUUGAUGAAAAUGAAAUAACUUGAAACUCAUGAACAUGCAUUAACUGCACAUGAGUUAAUUAGUGUAAUCAGUUUGUUCACAGACACUGUAGAUCUCCAGGAAUAGGGUUGGUUGGUGACCACUGAACUUUUCUCUGGGUCUGCAGGGUAGGAACUGUGAGACUUCUCUGAACGUGUGUGUCAGUAACCCCUGUGUCAACGGGGGCACUUGCCAAAUCAAUGAGGAGGAGGAGGAGGGGGGAUACCGCUGUGCCUGUCCCUUUGGCUUUGACGGUCCUACCUGCCUGACCAACAUAGAUGACUGUGAAGAUAAUGACUGUGAAAACGGAGCUACCUGUAUAGAUGGAGUCAACAACUAUACCUGCCUCUGUCCACCUUACUACACAGGUAACACACUUUACACUAUAGACCAGCCUUCUCUCUAUUGCUGUUGAGUUGACCUAUUGGGUUGCAAUUUAUCAUCCAUAAAUGUAAUACCCCUCUCUCCUCUCUCUCUCUCUCUCCUCUCUCUCUUCUCUCCUCUCUCUCCUCUCUCCUCUCUCUCUCUCUCUCCUCUCUCUCUCUAGGGGAGGUGUGUGAGGAGAUGGAGGAUGUGUGUGCUCCAGGUCUCAAUCCAUGUCAACACCAGUCUACCUGUCUCAUCACGUCUACUGGACCCCAGUGAGUACACAAUGUCAACGUUUGUGUAUGUGAGACAUAAAGAUUUGCGUUGUCAAUGCCUAGGCUUAAGCUCAGUGGGCUAAUGCUAACGUUUGUGUGUGUGUUGCAGGUGUGUGUGUUCUCCGGGCUACGUCGGUGAUGACUGCAGUGUGGACUACGAUGACUGUGAGGAGAAUCGCUGUCAGAACAAAGCUCAGUGUGUCGACCAACUCAACGGAUACUCCUGCUCCUGCCCCGAUGGCUACAGGUGAGGCACAAACACACACAAACAAACACACACACACACAUACAGAAACCUUAGAACUCACACACAACUUAGAACACUAUCAAGCCAUCUGUGGUAUAAGGUUACUACUUCUUCUUAUCAGCGGUGAAGUUUCUAACAUCUCUGAAUCUAUCAUUUUGACUUACUGACCUCUCUCUCUCUCUCUCUCCUCGCAACUUCCCCUCCCUCUCCUCCCGCAGUGGUCAGUUGUGUGAGGUGCCCCCCUCCCCGCGGUCUCUGUGUGACCUGGCAGACUGCCAGAACGGUGCCCCGUGUGUGGAGCGGGCAGGCCGGGCACUGUGCCAGUGUCUCCCUGGAUUCGGAGGGCCUCGCUGUGAGAAGCUGGUCAGCGUUAACUUUGUAGACAGAAACUCCUACCUGCUGCUCUCUGACCUCAAGAACUGGCCCCAGGCUAACAUCACACUGCAGGUAUCUAACAUCUCACUGCAGGUACUGUAACACACACGCACAGGCUAAAUGUGUACACAGUGCGCACACACACACACACACACACACACACACACACACACACACACACUACAGUGUAGGUACUGAAUUAACAAUUCAACAGGCAUGUGUUUGAGAUCCAUGCAUGUACAGUAACUUGGACUUUUGGACUGUGACAGUGAUGUCAAAGGGACAUUUGCAUACCUUUCAUUCUAUUGUGAUAUCUGUCCCCAGGUGUCGACAGCGGAGGAGAACGGUAUCCUGCUGUAUAAUGGAGACAAUGACCACAUCGCUGUAGAGAUGUAUCAAGGUCACGUUAAGGUCAGCUACGACCCUGGCAGCCAGCCUGGACACGCUAUCUAUAGGUACACACGCACACAUUCACACGCAAACACACAACACACACGCACACAAAUCAUAUGCAGUAGCUAUGUUAUUGCAUACGAAGUCCUGUCUAAUCCCCACCGACAGUGAAAAAUAUGUCUAUGUGCCUGGCAAGGUAGACAAUUGCCCUGUAAGUGCUCUGGAAGACGUCUGCUAAUGAUUAAGUUUAAAAGGUAUGUUUAAGAGCACAGUGAUAACAUCGUCUGUUUGCUCCUUUCCGUUACUUCCCCUGAUUCUCUGCUAAAUCUCCUGUAAUUCCCUCUCAUAGUACAUGUUUUCCACCCAAUUCUCUGUCUGUUUCUCCCCCUCCCUCUCUCUCUGUCUGCUUUCUCCCUCCCUCUCUCUCUGUCUGCUUUCCCCCUCCCUCUCUCUCUUUAUGCAGUACUGAGACGAUCAACGACGGUCAGUUCCACACGGUGGAGCUGGUGACCUUUGACCAGAUGGUGAACCUGUCCAUCGACGGGGGUCUCCCCACCACCAUGGACAGCCUGAGGGGGGUCCGGCCCCUGAACGGGGAGGCUCCGCUAUACGUGGGGGGUAGGGGCCCUCUCCAGAACACACCUCCUUCCUCCUCCUCUGCUGCAGGCACUACAACUACUACACUACUGUCAAUGUCACCCCCCACUGCAACCCAACCCCAACACCAACCCACCACCACAACCAACCUCCCAUCCCAAAACCACAACUACCGCAAGCGAGCCAUAUCGUGACCCAAUCCUGCAACCUACCCAACUCCAAACCUAAAUCCACCCAGUCCAUCCCCCAUUACGACUGUGUUUGUUAGAGCACGUCCAGCAUACAAACAACGCGCACACACACUUAUGAACACACGUAUAAGAAAACACACUGAUAAAGCCUUACAAUAUAAACCCCAUACACACGUAUACACACUCAGCAACACUGCAAAACAGGUGUCUAAUAUAGUGCACAGCAGUAAACCCCAUGACCCUUGGCCCUAUGAGCAUCACCCCUUAAGGACUGCAGUGUUCAGGAUACAUACAGUAUUCCUACCAUAUAAUACAUACUAUAUAGUCUUCUAUUCUAUUUCUGUGAUUCCUACUAUUUCCAGUUUUCAUUCAUCCUUACUAAACACAUCCCUUUAGAUCUCUAUCUCUGUCCUACCAGACACAGUCUUCACUCUGGAUAUGUGAUGUGGUAUAUUUGCAUGGAUGAUGAUUUCCUUGUUUCUUUUCAUUUUCUUAUUUUUUCACUUGUUAGUAAUUCUCUGUAACCCGACUAGCCAUUCUUGAUAUCAAAGCAUUGAUGUGUUGAAACAGAAUUGAUCUGAUAUCAGAAAUGGCUGUGUGUCCAGAGUUUGUGAUGUGAUGUUUUGGUGCUGUGAUGUGCUGUACUGUGGUGUACUGUACUGUGGUGUACUGUACUGUGGUGUACUGUACUGUGGUGUAUGUUUGUGACUGUUGGCCACUGUAUAGAAGAGUACGAUACACAUCACCCAAUACCCUUUCUCCUUUUCACUGUCCUCUAUUUCAAAGAUGCUGUUUUGGAAUUGAAUUAGUGUCAAAUCACUGUAUUAUAUCAGAGAGAGUGUUGAACUACAAAUAGUCAAAUGUAAUUUAUUUAAUUUAAUUAUUUAAUCUAAUUUUUAUUAAAAGAUCGGGAAAUGGGCCCGGCUCUAUAUUUCUGCCAAUACUUUCCCUCCCUACUGGCUCAGUAGCAUAUUUAUUCAUUUUGGACCAACAUGUCCUAUAAAUCAAAUGUUGAUGUUAGUGGGAGUUUUGGAGGAUUCGGCCCCUAGUUCCCCUAACUUCUCGUAAUGAAGUUGUAUUUUGGCUCCACUUCUAUCACAUUGCUGCAGUAUAUUCACAUGCACAUGGCUCUUUGAAAAAGCCUCCUCUUCAUUCAUUACCUCCAUACCAGUCCUGUGUUAGCUGUUUCUCUUCUUCCCCUGCUUACCACUCACAUACAUCUCCCUUCUUCCUCCCCCUCUUCCUUCUCCUCUCUCUCCUCCUCCUCCUCUCUCUCCUUCUCCUCUUCUCUCUCCUUCUCCUCCUCUCUCUCCUCUUCCUCCUCCUCUCUCUCCUCCUCCUCCUCUCUCCUUCUCCUCUUCUCUCUCCUUCUCCUCCUCUCUCUCCUCUUCCUCCUCCUCUCUCUCCUCCUCCUCCUCUCUCCUCCUCCUCCUCUCUCUCCUUCUCCUCUUCUCUCUCCUUCUCCUCCUCUCUCUCCUCUUCCUCCUCCUCUCUCCUUCUCCUCCUCUCUCUCCUCCUCCUCUCUCUCCUCCUCCUCUUCGCUCUCCUCCUCCUCCUCUCUCUCCUUCCCUCCUCCCUCUCCUCCUCCUCCUCCUCCUCUCUCUCCUUUUCCUCCUCCGCCUCUCUCUUUCUCCUUCCCAUCCCCUCUCUCCUCCCUCUCUCCCCCCCUCCUCUCUCUCCUCCUCCUCUCUCUCUCCUCUUCCUCCUCCUCUCUCUCCUCCUCCUCCUCCUCUCUCUCUAAUUCCCUCCUCUCUCUUCUCCUCCUCCUCCUCCUCUCCUCCUCUCCUCCUCCUCCUCCUCCUCUCUCUCCUCCGCCUCCCUCUCUCUCUCUCCUCCUCCUCUCUCUCUCUCCUCCUCCUCUCUCUCCUUCCCCUCCUCUAUCUCCUCCUCCUCCUCUCUCUCCGCCCCCUCCUCUCUCUCUCCGCCCCCUCCUCUCUCUCCUUCCCCUCCUCUCUCUCCUCCUCCUCUCUCUCCUUCCCCUCCUCUCUCUCCUCCUCCUUCUCUUCUCUCUCUCCUCUCUCUGCUUCCUCCUCCUCUCUCUCCUCCUCCGCCUCUCUCCUCUCCUUCCCCUCCUCUCUCUCCACAUCCUCUCUCUCUCUCCUUCCCAUCCCCUCCACUCCUCCUCCUCCUCUCACUCCUUCCCCUCCUCUCUCUCCUUUCUCUCUCUCCUCCUCCUCCCUCUCCUCUUUCUCUCUCUCCUUCUCCUCUUCUCUCUCCUCCUUCUCUCUCUCUUUUCCUCCUCCUCUCCCCUUCCUCCUCUCCUCUCUCUCCUUCCCUCCUCUCUCUCUCCUCCUCCUCUCUACUCCUUCCUCCACGUCCUCUUCUCCUUCCUCCUCCCUCUCUUCUCCUUCCCUCCUCCUGCCUUUCCUCCUUCCUCCUCUCCUCCUCCCCUCCUCCUCCCCUCUCCUCCUUCUCCCCUCCUCCUCUUCCCCUCUCCUCCUCCCUCUCUUCUCCUCCCCUCUCUCUCUCUCCUUCCCCUCCCUCUCUCCCCUCCUCUUUCCCCCCUCCUUCCUCUCCCCUUCUCUCCUCCUCCCCCCUCUCUCCUUCCCCCCCUCUCUCUCCUUCCCUCCCCUCCUCCUCCUCCUCUCUCUCUUUCCUCCUCUUCCCCCCCUCAUCUCUCCUCUCCUCCUCCUCCCUCCUCCUCCUCCCCUCCCCUCCUCUCUCCUCCCUCCUCUCCUCCUCCCCCUCCUCCCCCUCCUCUCCUCCUUUUUCCCCCUCCCCCCUACCCUCCCCUCUCCCUCCUUCCCCUCCUCCUUUUUCCUCCCCUCCUCUUCCCCCCCCCCUCCUCUCCUCCCUUCCCCCCCUCUCCCUCCCCCCUCUCUCUCCCCUCCUCCUCCUUCCCCCCCCUCUCCUUCCCCUCCUCCCCUCCUCCCCUCCCCCUCCCCCUCCUCCCUCCUCCUCCCCUCUCUCUCCUUCCUCCUCUCUCCUCCUCCUCUCUCUCCCCUCCAUCUCCUCUCUCCUCCUCCUCUCUCUCUUCCUCCUCUUCUCGCUCCUCUAUCUCCUCUCUCUCCUCCUCCUCUCUCCUCCAUCUCUCAGGUAUGCCUGUGGACGUCCACUCGGCAGCCUUCCGGCUCUGGCAGAUCCCGAAUGGCUCCAGUUUCCACGGCUGCAUCCAGAACCUGUAUAUUAACAACGAGCUGCAGGAUUUCACCAAGACCCAGAUGAAGCCGGGCGUGGUGCCAGGCUGUGAGCCCUGUAGGAAGAUCUACUGCCUGAAUGGUAUCUGCCAGCCGGACGGGGCACAGGGACCAGUCUGCCACUGCCAGCCGGGCUGGAGCGGACCACACUGUGACCAGCCUGCCGCCAACACAUGCCAGGGCAGCAAGUAAGAAUAGACCACUAGGGUUAUGAUGAUAAUGCAUUGCAAGUCUCAAACUGCAAUUCAUAUUAACAGUUUAAGAUAAGUCUUUACAUAUGUUCCACCCAAGCCUCUCAGUCUGACAUACACUAUACAGUGAGGGAAAAAAGUAUUUGAUCCCCUGCUGAUUUUGUACAUUUGCCCACUGACAAAGAAAUGAUCAGUCUAUAAUUUUAAUGGUAGGUUUAUUUGAACAGUGAGAGACAGAAUAACAGCAAAAAAUCCAGAAAAACUUAUUUCAAAAAUGUUAUGAAUUGAUUAGAAUUUUAAUGAGGGAAAUAAGUAUAUGACCCCUCUGCAAAACAUGACUUAGUACUUGGUGGCAAAACCCUUGUUGGCAAUCACAGAGGUCAGACGUUUCUUGAAUUUGGCCACCAGGUUUGCAAACAUCUCAGGAGGGAUUUUGUCCCACUCCUCUUUGCAGAUCUUCUCCAAGUCCUUAAGGUUUCGAGGCUGACGUUUGGCAACUCGAACCUUCAGCUCCCUCCACAGAUUUUCUAUGGGAUUAAGGUCUGGAGACUGGCUAGGCCACUCCAGGACCUUAAUGUGCUUCUUCUUGAGCCACUCCUUUGUUGCCUUGGCCGUGUGUUUUGGGUCAUUGUCAUGCUGGAAUACCCAUCCACGACCCAUUUUCAAUGCCCUGUCUGAGGGAAGGAGGUUCUCACCCAAGAUUUGACGGUACAUGGCCCCGUCCAUCGUCCCUUUGAUGCGGUGAAGUUGUCCUGUCCCCUUAGCAGAAAAACACCCCCAAAGCAUAAUGUUUCCACCUCCAUGUUUGACGGUGGGGAUGAUGUUCUUGGGGUCAUAGGCAGCAUUCCUCCUCCUCCAAACACGGCAAGUUGAGUUGAUGCCAAAGAGCUCCAUUUUGGUCUCAUCUGACCACAACACUUUCACCCAGUUCUCCUCUGAAUCAUUCAGAUGUUCAUUGGCAAACAUCAGACGGGCAUGUGCAGUGGGGAGAACAAGUAUUUGAUACACUGCCGAUUUUGCAGGUUUUCCUACUGACAAAGCAUGUAGAGGUCUGUAAUUUUUAUGAUAGGUACACUUAAACUGUGAGAGACGGAAUCUAAAACAAAAAUCCAGAAAAUCACAUUGUAUGAUUUUUAAGUAAUUAAUUUGCAUUUUUUUGCAUGACAUAAGUAUUUGAUACAGCAGAAAAGCAGAACUUAAUAUUUGGUACAGAAACCUUUGUUUGCAAUUACAGAGAUCAUACGUUUCCUGUAGGUCUUGACUAGGUUUGCACACACUGCAGCAGGGAUUUUGGCCCACUCCUCCAUACAGACCUUCUCCAGAUCCUUCAGGUUUCGGGGCUAUCGCUGGGCAAUAGGGACUUUCAGCUCCCUCCAAAGAUGUUCUAUUGGGUUCAGGUCUGGAGACUGGCUAGGCCACUCCAGGACCUUGAGAUGCUUCUUACGGAGCCACUCUUUAGUUGCCCUGGCUGUGUGUUUCAGGUCGUUGUCAUGCUGGAAGACCCAGCCACGACCCAUCUUCAAUGCUCUUACUGAGGGAAGGAGGUUGUUGGCCAACAUCUCGCGAUACAUGAACCCAUCCAUCCUCCCCUCAAUACGGUGCAAUACGGUGCAGUCGUCCUGUCCCCUUUGCAGAAAAUGCAUCCCCAAAGAAUGAUGUUUCCACCUCCAUGCUUCCGGUUGGGAUGGUGUUCUUGGGGUUGUACUCAUCCUUCUUCUUCCUCCAAACACGGCGAGUGGUUUUUACUAGAUUACUUGUAGUUUUUCAUGUUGUCUGUCUGUAAUUUUUUUGUAAUGACUUGGUGCUGCCUAUCUUGGCCAGGACGCUCUUGAAAAAGAGAUUUUAAAUCUCAAUGAGCCCUUCCUGGUUAAAUAAAGGUUAAAUAAAAAAAGUGGAGUUUAGACCAAAAAACUAUAUUUUUGUCUCAUCAGACCACAUGACCUUCUCCCAUUCCUCCUCUGGAUCAUCCAGAUGGUCAUUGGCAAACUUCAGACGGGCCUGGACAUGCGCUGGCUUGAGCAGGGGGACCUUGCGUGUGCUGCAGGAUUUUAAUCCAUGACGGCGUAGUGUGUUACUAAUGGUUUUCUUUGAGACUGUGGUCCCAGCUCUCUUCAGGUCAUUGACCAGAUCCUGCCGUGUAGUUCUGGGCUGAUCCCUCACCUUCCUCAUGAUCAUUGAUGCCCCACGAGGUGAGAUCUUGCAUGGAGCCCCAGACCGAGGGUGAUUGACCGUCAUCUUGAACUUCUUCCAUUUUCUAAUAAUUGCGCCAACAGUUGUUGCCUUCUCACCAAGCUGCUUGCCUAUUGUCCUGUAGCCCAUCCCUGCCUUGUGCAGAUCUACAAUGUUAUCCCUGAUGUCCUCACACAGCUCUCUGGUCUUGGCCAUUGUAGAGAGGUUGGAGUCUGUUUGAUUGAGUGUGUGGACAGGUGUCUUUUAUACAGGUAACGAGUUCAAACAGGUGCAGUUAAUACAGGUAAUGAGUGGAGAACAGGAGGGCUUCUUAAAGAAAAACUAACAUGUCUGUGAGAGCCGGAAUUCUUACUGGUUGGUAGGUGAUAAAAUACUUAUGUCAUGCAAUAAAAUGCAAAUUAAUUACUUAAAAAUCAUACAAUGUGAUUUUCUGGAUUUUUGUUUAAGAUUCCGUCUCUCACAGUUUAAGUGUACCUAAGAUAAAAAAUUACAGGCCUCUACAUGCUUUGUAAGUAGGAAAACCUGCAAAAUCGGCAGUGUAUCAAAUACUUGUUCUCCCCACUGUAUAUGUGCUUUCUUGAGCAGGGGGACCUUGCGGGCGCUGCAAGAUUUCAGUCCUUCACGGCGUAGUGUAUUACCAAUUGUUUUCUUGGUGACUAUGGUCCAAGCUGCCUUGAGCUCAUUGACAAGAUCCUCCCGUGUAGUUCUGGGCUGAUUCCUCACCGUUCUCUUGGUCAUUGCAACUCCACGAGGUGAGAUCUUGCAUGGAGCCCCAGGCCGAGGGAGAUUGACAGGUCUUUUGUGUUUCUUCCAUUUGCGAAUAAUCGCACCAACUGUUGUCACCUUCUCACCAAGCUGCUUGGCGAUGGUCUUGUAGCCCAUUCCAGCCUUGUGUAGGUCUACAAUCUUGUCCCUGACAUCCUUGGAGAGCUCUUUGGUCUUGGCCAUGGUGGAGAGUUUGGAAUCUGAUUGAUUGAUUGCUUCUGUGGACAGGUAUCUUUUAUACAGGUAACAUGCUGAGAUUAGGAGCACUCCCUUUAAGAGUGUGCUCCUAAUCUCAGCUCGUUACCUGUAUAAAAAACACCUGGGAGUCAGAAAUCCUUCUGAUUGAGAGGGGGUCAAAUACUUAUUUCCCUCAUUAAAAUGCAAAUCAAUUUAUAAAAAAAUUUACAUGCGUUUUUCUGGAUUUUUUUGUUGUUAUUCUGUCUCUCACUGUUCAAAUAAACCUACCAUUAAAAUUAUAGACUGAUAAUUUCUUUGUCAGUGGGCAAACGUACAAAAUCAGCAGGGGAUUAAAUACUUUUUUCUCUCACUGUAUAUACAAAAAUAUAUGGACACCCCUUCCAAUUAAUGGAUUUGGCUAUUUCAGCCACACCCAUUGCUGACAGGUGUAUACAAUUAUUGUGAAGUGGAAACGUCUAGGAGCAACAACAGCGGAGCCGCGAAGUGGUAGGCCACACAAGCUCACAGAACGGGACCGCUGAGUGCUGAAGCGCGUAGCGCGUAAAAUCCGCCUGGCCUUGCUUGCAACACUCACUACCAAGUUCCAAUCUGCCUCUGGAAGCAACGUCAGCACAAUAACUGUUUGUCGGGAGCUUCAUGAAAUGGGUUUCAAUGGCCAAGCACCAAGUCUAAAAUCACCAGGCGCAAUGCCAAGCGUCGGUUGGACUGGUGUAAAGCUCGCCGCCAUUGGACUCUGGAGCAGUGGAAACGCGUUCUCUGGAGUGAUGAAUCACGUUUCACCAUCUGGCAGUCUGACGGACGAAUCUGGGUUUGGCGGAUGCCAAGAGAACUCUACCUGACCGAAUGCAUAGUGCCAACUGUAAAGUUUGGUGGAGGAGGAAUAAUGGGGCUGUUUUAAUGGUCGAGCUAGGCCCCUUAGUUCCAGUGAAGGGAAAUCUUAACCCUACAGCAUACAAUGACACAUUCUAGACGAUUAUGUGCUUCCAACUUUGUGGCAACAGUUUGGCCCUUUCCUGUUUUAGCAUGACAAUGCCCUCGUGCACAAAGCAAGGUCCAUACAGAAAUGGUUAGUUGAGAUCGGUGUGGAAGAACUUGACUGGCCUGCACAGAGCCCUGACCUCAACACCAUCGAACACCUUCGAGAUGAAUUGGAACGCUGACAGUGAGCCAGGCAUAUUCACCCAACAUCAGUGCCUGACCUCACUAAUGCUCUUGUGGCUGAAUGGAAGCAAGUCCCUAAAGCAAAGUUCCAACUUCUAGUGUAAAGCCUUCCCAGAAGAGUGGAGGCUUUUAUAGCAGCAUAGGGGGGAACAACUCAUUUACGUUUACAUUUACGUCAUUUAGCAGACGCUCUUAUCCAGAGCGACUUACAAAUUGGUGCAUUCACUCCAUAUUAAUGCAUAUGAUUUUGUUAGAGGAGCAGGUGUCUACAUACUUUUGGUCAUGUAGUGCAUAAUGAUUGAAUGAUUAAUUUAUAUUCCCUCUCCCUAGGUGUGUGCAUGGGAAGUGUAUUCCCUUUGACCUGCAGUCGUACCGCUGCGAGUGUGUGGAGGGUUACCGGGGUGCCCUGUGUAACCAGCAGGGGGAGCUGUUUAACACCUGCCACAGCAACAACUGCAAACACGGACGCUGCCAGAUCUCUGAUACAGGAGAUGCCUACUGCCACUGUGAGGCCGGAUACAUCGGCAACCUCUGUGAC